CGCACACACCUGGGGAGGCAACAACAAGUGACCACUGGAGGGAGUAGAGGAGGGAGGGAAAGCGUCCUCAUGCAUGGGAGCCCAUGGGCGUCGAGCUGAGGAUGGCUCAAUUUCCUUCCUGAGGAAAACACUUCAAACAGCCCCACCAGAGUGACCAAGGCUGAUGUCACUUGCCUGCUCUGGAUGCAUCCAGCACUUGAGCUGACUCUUCUGCCUUGCACUGCUGCAUUCCUGCCCUGGAAAUCCCGGAGUCUUUCCUUCCAGCACUAACAAGAAGCUUUCAUUUGGGAAUGGGCACGGCACAGCUCUGGAAAUGAAAAGGCAGCAGUGCAGGAAACCAAAGCACAGCCCUUAUCAUUAGCUGCGAUGAUUUGCAUUCAAGAUGACUGUGUGCAAAAAUUGUUACCUCUGCAAAGGAUGCCUCUGGUGCUGCGGCAAUGAAGGGCAGGUAUAAAAGCCAGCCCAAGUCCCUGCUCUCCCGUCUACUUCUCUGGCCUCCUUCUUCUUGAGAACCAGGUGCACCUCCAGACCCUUGAGACAUGUCCUGCUACAACCAGUGCCAGCCCUGCCAGCCCUGUGGCCCGACCCCACUGGCCAACAGCUGCAAUGAGCCCUGUGUCAGGCAGUGCCAGAACUCCACUGUCGUCAUUGAGCCUCCUGCUGUGGUCGUGACCCUGCCUGGCCCCAUCCUCAGCUCCUUCCCACAGAACACCGUUGUGGGAUCCUCCACCUCUGCUGCUGUUGGUAGCAUCCUCAGCUGUGAUGGAGUGCCCAUCACCUCUGGGUGCUGUGACCUCUCUGGCAUUUCCAGCCGUUACUGUGGCAGAAGGUGCCUCCCCUGCUAAAGACUCUGGGGGAAACCCCAAGGAGACACCCUGAGGAAUCACAACAUGGUGCUGGGCAAAGAAUCGAUGUUUUCAAUGCUGCUUUCAGCAUAGCUGAAUGAUUUUGCUUUUCUCUCCCUUUUCCUUGUUUGCUUCACAUCCCCUUAGCAGCAAGGUUCCCUCAAGGCCAACCUGGUGGGGACCAUCUGUUUUCCUCAUCCUCCAUGGGGCAGGAAUACAGACAGACAUGAUGAAGGAAAGUCUCCACAGCCAAGGGCCGCACCCUCUCAGAUGACCAUGUGGGGCCUCAGAGAUGACCAUGGAGUCAUAGGGCUCCAUGAACUGGCACCCCCCACUUGGAAUGACUUUCUUUCCCUCUUCUGACUCAUUAAA